AUGACGACUGCCUCUGCGCCGUUACCUCUGACUCGCUCCUCUGUCAUCGCCGCUCGCCAGAGGAUCGAGUCCCACAUCCACAAGACACCAGUACUCACCUCCUCCGCUCUUAAUGCUAUCGUCUCGACUCCUCAAAGCCCCGAAAAUUUAGUGGACACACCAUGGGAGGGUCAAACAUCAUGUUCGCCGAAAAUAAACCUCUUCUUUAAGUGCGAGAACUUUCAGAAGAUUGGGGCUUUCAAGAUCCGUGGUGCAACGCACGCCUUGUCACGGUUGAGCAAUGAAGAGCUAGCGAGAGGAGUCGUAACACAUAGUUCCGGCAAUCACGCCCAAGCUCUUGCCCUCGCCGCCCAGUACUUCGGAACUACCGCCCACAUAGUCAUGCCCACAAUAUCUAAACCUUCCAAGAUCGCUGCAACCGAAGGCUACGGAGCACACGUCUACUUCUCCGGCUCGACCUCUCAGGAGCGAGAAGCCGUAACAAGAGAAGUCCUGCAAAAGACUGGAGGAGUGAUGGUCCCGCCCUAUGACCAUCCAGACAUCAUUCUCGGUCAAGGCACCAUGGGCUUAGAGAUCCAAGAACAAGUCAACGAGCUCAUCACCAAAGACCCCAGUCUAAGCGUGCACGACCAUACCUCAGACAAAAUAGACCCGACGAUCACCAACGGAACUUCCAACCACAAUGACCCAUUAGAAUCGAGCACUCCGACCAAAGAAAUACAACCUCAACCUGAAACAUAUAAUCUCGACGCCCUCAUCGCCCCCCUCGGAGGCGGCGGUCUCCUCUCCGGCCUCGCCCUCGCCUUCUCCCCUCCUUAUUCCCCCAGCCCUUCCCCCCACCCCUCCCCUUCUCCGCCUCACACACUCAUCUUCGGCGCCGAGCCCUCCUUCCAGUCCGCCAACGACGCGCAAAUCGGCCUCUCCUCCACCCCACCAACCCGCAUCCCCACAGUCUCCACACUCACCAUAGCCGACGGGCUGCGCACGCCCGUCGGCGUCACGAAUUGGGAGAUCAUCUCGAACCAGGAAUAUGUGAAAGGGGUGUUUAGUGUGACCGAGGAGCAGAUCCUAGCGGCUAUGAGGCUGGUGAUGGAACGGUUGAAGGUCGUGGUCGAGCCGAGUGCGUGUGUAGGGUUGGCUGCUGUGAUGUUUUGUGAGGAGUUUAGGAGGUUGGUGCCUAGUGGGGAGGGCAAAAAUGGGUGGGAUGUAGGGAUCGUGUUGAGUGGGGGGAAUGUUAGUGUUGAGGGGAUUUGUGGGUUGUUUGGGGAGGAAAAUAAAGGGGAGAUGGAGAGGGAGAAGGGGAAGGUGGGUUUGAAUGGGGAGCGGAGAGCUGAGAACGUGCCUGGGUAA